UUUGAAAACAUGGAUGAAAACAUUGAAAUUGAUGUCUACAAAAAUGACAUCAUGGAGCAUGCUAGGGAUUUGUGGAACAAUUGGCGCGGUGACUUAAGUCGACACUAUGUCAAGCCGACAAAGAAUAUGCAGCAAGCCAUUAAGAAUUGUCCGAAUGAUUUUGCACAAGCUGAUUGGGAGUGGUUGGUCAAAGAGCAUUUUUGCAGUAAGGAAUUCAUUGCAAAGAGCAAGAGAAAUUCUAGAAACCGAUCCAAUUUGACAAUCCUUCAUCACAGUGGCAGCAAACCAUUCAGGAAAGUGAUUUAUGACAAUGGCGGCAAGGAUAAUAAUCCACCAGCUUUGGAUGCCUUAUUUUUUAUGACUCACACAAAGGGUGACAAUUUUAUUGAUUCUGAGUCCUCCAGCAAGCAUGCACAAAUUCAGGAAUAAAUGUUAUCAGAUCCUUCUCUUUCCAAUGCACAACUUAUGGACAAGUGCUUCCCUUCAAAACGACAGGACCAUAUCAUUGGAUAUGGUGGUGGAGUGAAAGCAAGACAUCUUCGAAGUCCAUCUGUUAGUAAGGCUGAAUUGUUAGAGAAGCUGAAACAGUCGGAGGAUGAGAAACGAGCAAUGCUUGAGGAGAACAGAGAGCUUCGAGAAGAAAAUCGGGCUACAAACAGUCGUGUAAGCCAAAUGGAAAAGGAGUGGGCAGAGUUGAAGAAACAAAUAAGUAGUAGUUAGCAUAGAAAUCUUGAUUUGAGUAGAGUUUGAGUGAUAUGAAUA